UUUAUUUGUUUGGUUUAUUACAUGAAAAUAUGCAAUUUCUCCAUAUAAUGUUCAAGACCUGCAGAGACAGACUAAUGAGGACGGAAUCGUCUUUGAAUGAAAAAGAGUGUCGAAAUACCACAUUGAGGGACAAGGAUUCAACCUAA